CCCCCGGGUCACGUGAUGCCACCGGGCUCUCUCUCACGGCUCUGAGGUGGAGCUGCGCCGCCAUUUUCCCCUCUGCUCCCGUUCUCUGACACUCAGCGCCGUUCGGCGGCCAGUACCGGCGGGUCCCCGGCGUGCUUCAAGGGAGUGAGCCGGGCCCGGAGUGUCAGUGUGAGUGGGGCACGCUCCUCUCCAUGAGCAGGUGUGCGGCUGGUCUGGUCACACCGGGUCCCACGUCUCCGGCCUCAUCCCUCUGAUCUGUGCGGGUAGGAGAAGCUGCCAUGUCCGGGCAGAGCAUCACGGACCGCAUCACGGCGGCGCAGCACAGCGUCACCGGCUCCGCCGUCUCCAAGACCGUCUGCAAGGCCACGACCCACGAAAUCAUGGGGCCCAAGAAGAAGCACCUGGACUAUCUGAUCCAGUGCACGAAUGAGAUGAACGUGAACAUCCCGCAGCUGGCAGACACUUUAUUUGAAAGGACGACCAACAGCAGCUGGGUGGUGGUCUUCAAGUCUCUCAUCGCGACUCAUCACCUUAUGGUGUACGGCAAUGAGCGCUUUAUCCAGUAUCUGGCAUCACGCAAUACCCUGUUCAAUUUGAGCAAUUUUUUGGACAAAAGUGGACUGCAAGGUUAUGACAUGUCUACAUUUAUACGACGUUACAGCCGCUACCUGAAUGAGAAGGCCGUGUCAUACAGACAAGUUGCUUUUGACUUCACCAAAGUAAAAAGAGGAGCUGAUGGGGUUAUGAGAACAAUGAACACUGAGAAGUUAUUAAAAACCAUGCCCAUCAUACAGAACCAAAUGGAUGCCCUGCUCGAUUUCAAUGUAAAUGCCAACGAGCUGACAAAUGGCGUCAUUAAUGCUGCAUUCAUGCUGCUCUUCAAAGAUGCCAUCAGACUGUUUGCUGCCUACAACGAAGGAAUAAUUAAUCUUCUAGAAAAAUACUUUGACAUGAAAAAGAACCAGUGUAAGGAUGGCCUGGACAUCUACAAGAAGUUUCUCACUAGAAUGACUCGAAUCUCUGAGUUCUUGAAAGUAGCCGAGCAAGUCGGCAUUGACAGGGGAGAUAUACCCGAUCUAUCUCAGGCUCCAAGCAGUCUACUCGAUGCCCUGGAACAACACCUAGCCUCUCUGGAAGGGAAGAAAAUCAAAGACUCAACGGCAGCAAGCAGAGCGACAACGCUUUCCAACGCCGUGUCUUCCCUCGCAAGCACAGGUCUGUCUCUCACCAGGGUAGAUGAAAGGGAAAAGCAAGCGGCUCUGGAGGAGGAGCAGGCACGAUUAAGAGCAUUAAAGGAACAGCGUCUUAAGGAACUCUCCAAAAAGCCUCACAAUGCUUCCACUACGGCCUCCUCCCCCGUGUCAUCCUCGGCGGGCAGCAUAAACACGACGGCUGCCAUUGACCUGUUCUCGACACCAACUUCAUUGAACAGCAGUUCCAAGCUGCCAAAUGACUUGCUUGACAUGCAGCCAAGUUUCCAGCCAGCUGUUCAUCCGCUGAGCGUGCCACCAGUAGCGAGUACAUGGGGAGAUUCUUUCUGUGGGCCUCAAGUCUAUCCUAACGCUUCCCAUUUCCAUACUGAACCCUCUACAGUAGCUGGCCUAUAUGCAGGGUUUACUCCAUCUCUAGCUGUUCAACCACAGACCUCCGGUGGCCUUAAUGUCGACUUUGAUUCUGUUUUUGGCAACAAGUCUCCCACCAACAUUAAUAUAGAUCCUACAGCUUUUGAUGACAUGGGAGGCCUGCUGAAGCCGACCGUAGCAUCUCAAAAUCAGAGCAUCCCCUCAUCUAAAAACCCACCGGGCAAGCUCGUGUCUGACGACUUGGACUCCUCUCUGGCCAACCUCGUGGGCAAUCUGGGUAUCGGGAAUGGGACCACAAAAAAUGACGUUUAUUGGAGUCAGCCUGGAGAAAAGAAACUAACGGGAGGGACCAACUGGCAGCCAAAAGUGGCCCCAACCACAACCUGGAAUCCAGCGACUUUGAAUGGCAUGCAUUACCCACCAUACGCCCCACCAGUAAUGGCUUAUCCAGCUACAACGCCCACAGGGAUCACAGCGUUCGGAAUGCCUCAACAAAUGGGACCUGUAAUACCACAGCAAUCAUUGAUAUACAACCAGCCUGUUAUGAGACCACCUAAUCCCUUUGGCCCUGUAUCAGGAGCACAGUUGUCUGCAGCCUCCAGCCCUUCCAGUCAGAGUCCUCACAGAGCGCCCGGGAAGGACCCCUAUCCACAGCUCUCUUUACAGGAUUUCUUGUAGGACCACAUAGUUUUAUUUACUUGAUUUGGCCGUACCCCGACACCAUGAAUAGCAAGACCUGCGUUGGGCAUGGCCCACACACCGAUCACUUACAGAAUGGGCGAGGGCUGGGUGCUGAAGAACAAGACUUGAUUACUGUCCAGUUACAGAGCGGGUUACUUCACUGUAAGAUAGUUAAAGACUGGAGUGCCCGUUUAAUGGGGUGGUCAUGGCAUACUGUGACACUGGAUGGGGAGAAGCCCUUCAGCAACUGUACUGCCCACAAAGAAGAUGUAGGCUGUAUAUGUUAGAACCAUAUUCCAAGAUGGACCCCUGAGAUCCCUACCCUAUGGCAAGGCUGAGCCAUCUAUGCAGCGAGACUAUAACCUGAAGAGGGGCCCAGCCCUUUUUGGUUUCAUUCAUGCAGAACCCCCCCCCCCCCCCCCCCCCCCCCCAAACUGUUGGCAAAGGAAGGAUUGGCCCAGGUGGCAUCUAAACGGAGGGAGCAGACACAAGGGGAUAUGUACACAUGGCAGAUUUGCUGCAGAAAUGUCUUCAGGUGAAAAUCUGUUCCAUUCAACUGCACUUGAGUUUUUGCAAGCCAGAUCGAGAUGAAUGGGGACAGUUACAGAAUACAUCUGCCACGUGUGACUAUACCCUUAUUGGGGGGCAUUCUGACAUCUAUGGGGCCCUCCUGACUUCCUUGUUGCUAGAAGCAGUGGUUAAUUAGACUUGAGAUAGGCUGUUCAUCCAACGAAACACGACCGGGUGCGUAGACUAUCGAUGCCUAACAUGGAGCUUCCAUGAAGAGAUUCCCCACAUCCAGAUGGACAUGCCGUAGGUCGGGUGACAUUCAAGAAGCCUGGUUUUAUGGUCUUUCCUCCCCCCUGGACGGUUUGUAGACCACCCCCCCCUCACCGCCUGAUCCUUGAGUAUUAGGAGACGCGCCUUUCACCCUCUUUGUGUUGCUUCCUUUUGCCUCUUCUGUCCCAGUUCACUUGAUUCUCCUCUUUGUAUCUGUGCUUUUUGUGUCACGUUCUGUUAAUAAUUCCCAAUCGUUAAUUAUUUUAGGCCUGAACGACACGGCUUUGAUCUGUUUCUUGCAUGCAGCACGUACGUUCAGCGCGCCGAGCUUUGUAUUGAGCUUUUCUUUUCUGUUCUUGAAGGUGAUCAGCCCGGAUUGUUUUGUAUGCGUCUCCCGGGGACUGGCCUGAUCCUGUGAUACAACACUCUGAUUUCUGAGCUUUUAAGAUUUACACAAAAUGUAGAAAAUGUUAAUGUGAAUGUAUCAUUAGUAAUACCUCGGAGCAACUGGAAUCGUAUUUUCUUCAGAACAUAUUUUGUUAGUCAUCCGACUGGCUUUCUCAUUCGGAUAUCUACCGAAACGGCUUCAAGAGAAAUACAAGGCCUGUUGCUUUGACUUGUCACUAAGGAUAUACCAUGGCCUUCACAGACAUGUACAGUGCAUUCAGAAAGUCUUCAGUCUCUUUCACUUUUUGCACAUGCUCCUUAAAUAAAUAAACAAAUUCCAGUUUAUUAAAUUUUUUAUUUAUUUUUUUUCUUGCGUCCCCAUUGAAUGGUUCCGCAUACAGACCGCAAAAAAAACAAAACUGAACAGAUAAGGACAAAAAAAAGUGUGCAUGUGCAGUGAUUACAGCCUCCCGUCUUCUUGGGGAUGAUGCUACAAGGUUUGCACACCUGGAUUUGGGUAUUUAUUUGGGCUGCAAAAUUAAAAAAAAGCCGUUCGCCGAAUCUCUUAUACAGUUUGCUCUUCUUUUUCAUAUAGCCA